AUUUUAUCCUCACAUUUUUUGCAAGGAGAAAUGGUGUACAUUACGAAUUCAAAUUUAUUAAAAGCGAAAUUGUAAAUAUUCUUUGUAUUUAUUACGCACUUAUUAAACAGUGGAUGUGCAGAUUGACCUAGCGUGUGUUGUGUCGAGAUUCGAGCGUGAAGAAAAGUGACUCCGAUCUGGUUCUGACUGUGUGUGAAUCUUGUGAGAGAGCGAGCAUUAAAAGGAAAUAUUACGUGUGUGAGCUGUACUGAAAACAUACAUACAUAUAUUGAUUGAAGGCAUUACAUCUGUAGUGCUACUACUAACCCUUAAUAAAUAGUAAUUUUGAGAAAAUCUCAAAAUGGAUUUCGUGCAAGUAUCCGAGGAGGAGGGUGAUGAACCAAUCGAGCUGCCAGCUGAAGAAGAUGGAACUUUGUUAAUAUCUACACUUCAGGCGCAGUUUCCUGGUUCUUGUGGACUUAAAUACAGGAAUAUGGAUUCGAAGGCUGUUCGUGGUGUUCGCUCUAACGAAGGCAGACUAUUUCCACCAAAUGUCGAUUCGGAUUGGGGAGAUUAUGUCUACUUUUGUGUGUUUCCAAAAGAAAACAAACGUAAAAGCGAUGAUAACUUGGAAAAUUCAACGGCAAAAACAAAACGUAUUGAAACACGUUUACGAUGCACUGAUUUGAUCGUUUUGGGACUGGCUUGGAAAACAACUGAAGACAGUUUACGUGAAUACUUUGAGGGUUAUGGCGAAGUGCUCAUGGCACAAAUAAAAAAAGAUGUCAAGUCGGGCCAGUCAAAGGGCUUCGGAUUCGUACGUUUCGGUUCUUACGAAGCCCAAAUGCGUGUACUCUCAAAUCGUCAUCUUAUCGAUGGCCGUUGGUGUGAAGUAAAAGUACCAAAUUCAAAGGGCAUGGGUCACCAGGUGCCAUGUAAAGUAUUUGUAGGCCGUUGCACGGAGGAUAUUAACUCGGAUGAUCUACGCGAGUACUUUUCGAAAUUUGGAGAAGUGACCGAUGUUUUUAUACCACGACCAUUUCGUGCUUUUAGUUUUGUUACGUUCCUUGAUCCUGAUGUAGCCCAAUCUCUCUGUGGUGAGGAUCAUAUUAUUAAGGGGGUGUCAGUGCACGUUUCAAACGCUGCUCCCAAAGCCGAGCAAAAUCGGACCCAUCAAGGCCAAAAUUACAACUAUAACUCUGGAAAUAAUUUCGGGAUGCAUUCAUACCAUCCUCAAGGAAAUCACAUGAACUCAGGCCGAAGCGGACAUCAUAGAGGUAAUAAUCAACACAAUGCACACGGAGGUGAUAGCACUGCAAUCGGCAAUAGUCACAGCAACAUUGGCAGUGGUGGCUACGGAAUGGGUAGCAAUAAUUUUGGUGGAAAUAUGGGUGGGGGUUACACAAACGGUAGUAAUCAUAAUAGUGGUGGGAACAUGAACCGCCAAGAAGGUGGUAUUCCCUAUAAUAGGCAGAAUAAUUUUCAUGGCAUGAACCAGCCACACAAUGGCAACGUAGGCAAUGGUGGUUGGAUGAACAGGGGACAUUUGGACAUGCCUAACCUACAAGCAUUAGGCAUAAAUUCGCAAGGAUCCAGCUCUUCCAAUCAAGGGCAAAACAUGAACAACCCUUUAGGCGUUGGACUUAAUUUAAACUCAUUGCCGAUGAACCCUGCUUUGGUUGCUGCUGCGUUGAAUCAGUGGAGCCUUCUUGGCAAUCAGCUGCAAAAUCAAAACCAGGAUCAGCAGGGAGGCAAUUUUUUAUCAUGGAUGGCUCAAAACAACGGGGGGCAUUCCAACGCUUCUAAUAUGAACUCGGGCAACCGCAAAGGUUCUAACAAUCCAAACAAUUCUGGUUCUGGCGGCAUGAACAAAGGUGAUAACUCGGCUGCUAACGAUCAGAAUGGCUGCCCAUCUGGUAACUCUUGGUCAAAUCAGAGCAGCGGAUCCCAAAAUUCUGCGGAAAAAUCAAAUUUUCUCUAAUUAUAAAAUAUAAAAACUCUACCCAUAUGGUACCAUUAAUAUAAAAUAAAAUAAAAUCAUUUUAUCUCAA